AUGGAGGGAGGUGAUAUACCAUUAAAUACACCUACAAGUCCACAAACAACCACCACAACUACAACAACGAAUAAUAAUAACAAUAAUAGUGGUGGAAGUAGUAGUAAUAAUAGUCGUCACCAAGAUGGUCACAGUAGUAUGAGUGGAUAUCCAUCGAGAAUGGACAGCUCUCACCAGUUGAUGGGUCUGAGUGGGUCGGGAUCCAGCAGAAAUCUCAAGCCAAAGCCAUCGUCCAACAACAUCAAGUGGAAGUGGAACAAUAAAGAUAAACCGAUGCCAAUGGACAGAGAGUUGGCAAAGAAGAAGGUCUCUGGUCGCAAGGACAGCGAACGCAAGCUCAAGUCGUCGACCUCGAUGCUCAAGAAGAAGAACACCAUUAUGGAUUUCGGUGAGGACGACGGAUUCAACGCCGACGACGGAAACAUCACCGAGGGACUCCCCAUUAGCGAGGGAAUAGAGGAGAACACCAAUGCUCACUCGCCACUGAUGGAAGCACGUGAAUCCAUAGCGACGCCACGCUUUGAAACUCUGAUCGAUCCCGAUAUCACGCCCGCCGAAAUGGAAGAGAAGAUGCGUCAGCACAAGGCUCACCUCGAGAUGGAGAAGACCAAGGAGCGUGAGCAAGCCAUGAUCAAGAAGAAGUCACAGAUGCAAGUGAAGCGCAAAGUCACCUCCAACACCAUGCAAGACGACAGCUUCGAGACACUGGAAACAAUCAUCGGUGAGGAGAAGAAGGAGGUUGUCUUUGAGGUGAAGCCAUACUUCUCGCACUCGAUUCUCCAGGCAACGAUGGCAGUUUUUUUGGUGUGGAAUCUUUUCUAUUUCGCUUAUCGUGCCGGUUGGACUAUUAACACUCACGACGUCUACACCAUGGGUUUCUCAGCGCUGUUCUUCAUCGUUGAGUUUGUCUCGUUCUUGGCAACAGCGCUCCAUCUUAACAACUUUACCAAUCCAUGUACUUUUAUCUUGGUGGUUACACUCGAACAGAUUCUCGCCAAGCGUAGAAAGAAGUUCCCAAAUAUCAUGAUGUACAUCACCACCUACAAGGAACCACCCUCAAUCGUAUCGCGUACCUUUAGAACUGCCAUUGCCAUGGACUACCCAUCUGAGAAUCUCUGGAUUGGUUUGCUAGACGAUUCCGCCAAUUUCCGUGAGAGUCGUGGUUGGGCACAUCUCCAAUCGGUCGAGAAGAACUUCCUCUUCCAACUGUUGCAACGUGCCAUCUAUGCCGUCCACAACAUCGCCCCACCAAUGGCCAAAUCCAAGGAGGAUCCACAUGGAAUCCUUUCAGAGACUAGCGAUCGUAUUGCCACCACCACCAAGGAGGUAGUAGAAGCUGAAGUCCAGUGGUUCAUCGAGUACUUCCUGUUGAACUCGUGGUUCGGAAUCAGUCAGGAGGAACAGCGUGAAGCCGACGACAGUGAGAAGUCGUUGAUCUCCAAGUUGCGUGACGACAACUUCUCGCCAUACCGUACAUUCUCUGCUUUGGAGCGUGAGAAAAUCGACAACUUCACUGUGGAAUCGCUUCAAUCACUCUGGCACGGAAACGCCAUGUACCGUCCACUGAUCCGUUCGGUCUUGAUCAAGAAGGACUACGUUCGUAACUACAUCCGUGAACUCAACAAUGCUCACCGUCUUCGUUUCUUGAACACCGAAGCACUCGCCAUGGCUCAGUACUCUGUGUUGAUGAUGGGACGUCAAGAGGUUCCAUUCGAAGACGUCUCCACCGGUAACGUGCGUAUCGACUUUGAACCAUCGGGAACCGUCGUCUCACCAAAGUGCACCUACUUGCGUCGUCGUAAACCACCCAUUCCACACAACAAAGCCGGUAACAUCAACAAUGCACUGUUCAACGAAUCGACCAAAGUCGACUUUGAAUUCAUUGGAUUGCUCGAUGCCGAUCAGCAGCCACAUCCCGACUUCUUGAAGCGUGUCAUGCCCUAUUUCUACUCGGACGAAGGAUCCGACUGUGCUUUCGUACAGACUCCACAGUUCUUCAGUAAUAUCUACCCAGUCGACGAUCCACUCGGUCAUCGUAAUAUGGAGUUCUACGGUCCGGUAAUGGAAGGUCGUUCCGCCAAUGGAGCAUGUCCAUUCGUAGGUACCAAUGCAGUUUUCCGUCGUCAACCACUCUAUGACAUCGGUGGUAUUAUGUAUAACUCUGUAACAGAGGAUAUGUAUACCGGUAUGAAGUUGCAAGUCUCUGGUUACAAGUCGUGGUAUCACAACGAAGUACUGGUCGUCGGUACCGCUCCAGUCGAUAUUAAGGAAACCCUAGAACAACGUAAGCGUUGGGCACAAGGUGCCGUUGAAAUCUUUUCACUCACUCCAUGGUCGUACAUUCGUACCAAGCUCGGUUGGCGUAAGAUGUUGUACAACCUCGAUUCCUGUAUCUAUCCAUUCUUGUCGCCGACUGCCUUCUUCUACGGUCUCUCGCCAUUAAUUAUGUGUCUCUGGACUGUUCCAAUCGUCGUUACCGAUCCAGUUAUCUUCAUUCUCGUCGGUAUGAUUCCAGUCAUGAUUUUGCCCCGUGUCAUCCAAUACAUGAUUCUCAGAGCUCGUCGUCCCUAUGAAGCCGGACGUUCCGGUCCAUCGCUUUGGGUUGAAGCCACCGACUUGUGGAGAGCCGAACAGACUUUCUUUGCUUUCGCCGGAACUUAUAUUGCCGCUUGGAAAGCUGGUUCCGCUUCGAUCGUUCGUCUCUUGAAACAACGUCGUAUCAGUCGUCACAAGUUGGCCAUGUGGAAUUGGAAGCGUGAUUUCGUCAAGAAGCCAACCAUUGUCGAGUCGUUCCGUCAAGCCAAGUUGGUAAAUGCCGCCGAAGUCGAAGAGGAAACCGGUACCAAGAAGACCGAACAAUCUUUCCGUUCCUCCAACAAGGAGUCCGACACCAUUAAGAACUCUCGUCUCUUCUUGGCCAACAUCUUCCUGUUUGGUGCCAACAUUGUCGCCAUUCUUCUAACGAUGCUUCGUUUCAAUUGUUUCCAAGACGACAUGUGGUUGUUGAUCGUAGUAGCUGGUUUCGCCUUUUCCACCUGCUGGCAUCUAUGGUCAUUCAUUCCAAUGGCUCUGCGUCAAUCCGAAAAACAAUGGCCAUACGCUUCAUCGUACCAUGCACACAACAUUGUCAUCUUUGUCAUUCUCGGUUUCUUGGUAUUGUUGUUCGUCAAGGUCAAAGUCUGUAUUCCACGUAUUGCCUAA